AUGACGCAGCGGGCAACUGAUAUUCAAGCCACAUGGUCACUCUGGGUUCUAGAGGAGGCUACUCACUCGCCGUGUGUCCUCAAUGGGAUUCUCGGCAUCUCCGCAUUUCAUCUACGACGGUUCAAUGAAUCUGACAAAGCGCUUGAGGAGGCUUCGUACGAGUAUAUGGCUCGUGCAAUAGAGGGCCAUAGAAAGGAUUUGAGAGGUGGUAUGGACAAAGGAAACAGCUCGAGCGUUGCUGCAGCCUGCGCGCUCGUCUCUAUUUAUGCCAACGUGGACGGAUACUAUCUUGCGGGCGAGAAUGACGAAAGGAUGCCUCAUGACUGGUAUAUCUCAUUUAGGAGGUCUAUGAACCUGUUUCGUAUGGCAUCACCCUUGAUCGAAAACCCGACAGUCAGCCAAGAAUUCAAGACCAUCCAACCAACCAUCGAUAAAACGACUCAUCCCAACCCUUUCAGCUUCAUACUAUACUAUAGCCCAACAUCAACGGACGCAAGCCAAGAGGAAAUUUCCAUCUGCAUGCCAGCAGUGGCUUACCUCUCGUAUAUCUACGCGGAAAUGACUACAAGGAAGCCACUUCGCUUCCCCGUCGCCCUAUCAGCGAACUUUAUAGAUCUUAUUAAAGCAAAGAAUCCUCGGGCUUUGGCUAUCAGUGGGUACUUCUUUAUGGUGGUAAAGCAGGGGCGGCAACUCUGGUUGAUUGAUGGUGCGCCAGAACGAGAAUUUAAUACCAUUAUGAGAUAUUUGCCUAGGGAUUGGUGGUCGGUUAUGGAUUGGGCAGUUCGAGUGCUUGGGUGGGUUGAUAGGAGGGUUGAAUGA